CGGGGAGCAGGAGAGGAAGCGGGGGGGCUGCCCAGGAACAGUGCUUCCCACCCGAUCCUUGUUGAGGAGGCGGGACGUCAGGGGCCACGGCCUCCCCCGGGGGCCCGCGGGGCCGCCAGGCUCCCUCCCCCCUGGGCUUUGACAUGCUGUACCUGGUCGGCUUGGGCCUGGGAGACGCCAAGGACAUCACGGUCAAGGGCCUGGAGGUGGUGAGGCGCUGCAGCCGCGUGUACCUGGAAGCCUACACCUCGGUGCUGACCGUAGGCAAGGAUGCCCUGGAAGAGUUCUACGGAAGGAAAUUGAUUCUCGCUGACAGAGAAGACGUGGAGCAAGAAGCAGAUAAUAUUUUAAAGGAUGCUGAUGUCAGCGAUGUCGCCUUCCUCGUGGUUGGCGAUCCGUUUGGGGCCACGACGCACAGCGAUCUGAUUCUGAGGGCCACCAGCCUGGGCAUCCCGUACCGAGUCAUCCACAACGCCUCCAUCCUGAACGCCGUGGGCUGCUGCGGUCUACAGCUGUAUAAGUUCGGAGAGACGGUGUCCAUUGUUUUCUGGACCGACACGUGGAGACCGGAGAGCUUCUUUGACAAAGUGAAGAAGAACAGACAGAACGGCAUGCACACACUGUGCCUGCUGGACAUCAAAGUAAAGGAGCAGUCGCUGGAAAACCUAAUCAAGGGCAGGAAGAUCUACGAGCCUCCUCGCUACAUGACCGUGAACCAGGCGGCCCAGCAGCUGCUGGAAGUGAUUCGAAACCAGCGAGCACGAGGAGAAGAGCCAGCGGUCACCGAGGAGACGCUGUGCGUGGGCCUGGCCCGGGUAGGGGCCGAAGACCAGCAGAUCGCUGCAGGCACGCUGCAGCAGAUGUGCUCCGUGGCGCUGGGAGGGCCGCUGCACUCCCUGGUCAUCACGGGGGGCAGCCUGCACCCGCUGGAGGUGGAGAUGCUGAGUCUGUUUCCCGUGCCCGAGGCCAGCUCGGGGCCUCAGAGCACCGAGGGGCCCCGCCCGUAGGCACGUCUGUGGAGGCUCAUUUCGGUCCGGUGCCCCUGCCUGACUCUGUUCCAAGGGGAACGGGGCUCCUGUUCACCCGGGAAGCACCGCACCAGCGGCCAAGAGCGAGCGGACUCCACGCUUGGUUUCCUGGGCCCCGAGACCUCUGCCUUCGUCAGCCGCUGCUGCUGUCCUGGCGGUUUUCAGGAUGUGAACACGUGGAGCAGACCAAGCGGGAAGCUGGAGGGUGGCACCACCUGGAGACCUUGAAAAGCAGCUUUUCGUUCUGAAGCCUGCACCAGGUGGGACCCACUUCCUCCUUCCUUACGUCAGCUGCCUGCGUGCAGGCGCGGUCCCGCCUGCAGUCGUGUGAGCCUGGCAGCCGUGGGGUAAGGGCUGCAAGCCGAGGUGGGGCCUCCGUCACAGACUCCCAGCUCACCUGCCACAGAAUGACUUCCUCCCGAACCGCCGUGUCUCCCUUCGCUGACACCCUGGUUACGGAGCUCGGAUGUGGCUAUAUUUGGGGCUUAUGUAAUUGAUUGUUAAUAUAAAUGUGCAGCCACCAUGUACAGUUGCUCUCUGGUUUUAAAUAGCAACUCACAGCCAAGUGGGAAACUUGCUGACCACAGAAUAAAAGUUUUUAAAAUUUGGGUUUGAA